AUGAAACCAGCUAAGGAGGAAGGUGAUACUGAUAAUGCCACGAGCAUUGCUGAUAAAACUUAUAAUGCAGUUCGAAAGACAGUUUCUGUUCAAGGGAGGAACUCAGGUCCCACUAGACGAUCAACUAAGGGAGGUUGGACAGAGGAGGAGGACAACAUGUUGACCAUUGCAAUCCAAAGGUUCAAUGGCAAAAACUGGAAGAAGAUAGCCGAGUUGGUUCCCCAUAGAACAAAUGUUCAGCCCCUACAUCGAUGGCAGAAGAUUCUUAAUCCCGACCUCGUUAAAGGACCUUGGAGCAAGGAGGAAGAUGAUAUCAUCUUUGAGCUUGUGGGGAAGCAAGGGAAGAAGAAGUGGUCUGAAAUAGCUAAAGAUUUGCCAGGCCGCAUCGGCAAGCAAUGUCGAGAAAGGUGGUGCAAUCACUUGAAUCCAGAUAUAAAGAAAAGUGCUUGGACCGAAGAGGAAGAGCUGAUUCUUAUCAGGGAACAUGGAAUGUAUGGGAACCGGUGGGCGAAGAUAGCGAAGCUUCUUCUUGGAAGGACAGAGAAUUCAAUAAAGAAUCUCUGGAACUGCUCAGUGAGGAAGAAAGUAGAGCUACUGGCAGCUUCUCAAAUCAAUAUAGGCAAUCAUGGAACAAGUAUAGACUUCUAUGCUGCAAAUGAUCUAAUUAGACCGUCUUCUUCAAACGACCAUGCACAUGGUCCGAGUAUUCAAAACCACCAAGUCCAUUCUUGUAGUGCUCUGGAACCCGAAAACUGUAAUAUCAGAGUUGGUUUCUUAAGCUAUGAGUCGCUUCGACCGAAGGAUUCGAAUACUUACACGACGACCGGUGAGUUUCCUGAUACGGAUGGCUACGCCGGGACGGCAUCGAGUCCGGAAUCGAAAUUGAGAAAUGCAGCCAAGAGUUUUAAAAACAUACCAUCGAUCAUUCGGAAAAGAAGCUCUCAAGCUAGAACACAAUCCGGCAAUGACAAUGCAAAGGAGCUUUUUCUAUCUCCAACCAAGUCACCCAAACUCCAGACCACAGAUGCUGUAAAAUCUGUAGAGCGAAGCUAA